GCCAGGAGCGUUUUUGUCACCCUCACAUUUCACAAUAUUCAUCACCUUCCUCUCCAUAAAUCUCCCAUCUCAACAUUCCUUUCACCGAGAAAUUAAAAUGGAUUCAGAACCAGAUUUUAAUUUUAAUGAUCCAUGUUCAACACCAAAACUAUCUUUGUUUUCAUUUCCGAUGAGUAAGGGCCAAGAGCCACCGGGGAUGUUGACUCCGCCGGUAAACAUCCCGGCGUCGAUUCCGUUUCAAUGGGAGGAAGCUCCGGGGAAGCCGAGAAACAGUUGCGUGACUCAAUCUAAGCCGAAGCCCUCCAGUGCGCGGUGCCUGGAACUUCCUCCACGGCUGUUAUGUGAAACGAAAAUGAUCAAUAUUCCAUCGCCAACCACCGUACUGGACGGGCCGGACGUGGGUCGGUCUCUGUCUUAUACGUUGUCGUUUCGGAGAGGAGGGUCAUUACGGAGGGAGAACAAGGAGGGGCUUCUGUUUUGGUCCAGUAGGUGGGGCAGUUUCAAGAAGAAUAAGGUGAAUGUUGGGGGGAGAAAUUCUGACACUUUAGAUUCUUCCUCCGCCUCCGGAGGUGGAGAUGGUGGCAGUGACGGAGGUGCGAAGGUGAAGAUUACAAGAGUGAGGAAGAGAUCAGUGAGCUUUUUGAGUCUUAAGUCUCACACAAGUUCAUCACAUAUGUGGACAAGCAUUUGUGAAAGCUUUAAACAGGCGGUCCCAUGGAGACGAAGACAAGACAAGUUGAGAAAGAUGGAGUCUAAUUAGAUGUGCUCACUUCACCACACAAAUUAAUUAAUUUCCAUCUUCUUUAAUAUUGUAUAGAUUUAAAU